AUGUCGCGCAAAGAAAUGACUGAAGCGUCAGCGAAACGACGAAAGCUCAGCCAUGACUCGGCAGAUGGAAUACACCACAGUCGAAGGGCAGUUCCGCACCAUGCGUCUGAAUCAAAUGGAGGAUCUGACAACAGGGCAAAGGGCUCUGUUGAGAGCACGCCGCCCGUCCGUCAGGUGAAAUUUGGGCAUUCAUCAGCAGUGGACCAAGUACGGAGCAUUCUGGCGGAAGUGACACCGCGGAAUGGCUCACGGUAUAGAAGCGCUGUUGAAUGUGCGGAAUUCAUCGCUUCUGCUGUGCGCGAGGUCCCAUCUGAAGGACCUUACACGGGAGAAGAGGCUACGAACCAUCUCCAGAACAUGGGGUCAACCGCAAUUCCUUUCCCCAUUCCCAAGCCUGGCAAGGACUCGAAGCUCAAGUUCGAAUAUAUCGCGCCAUCCAAGGUGACUCUACACAGCGAGAUCAUACAGAGUCUGGGUAUUCAAGCCGAGAAUGCCCUCACGAUCGUCGCACAAAUGCCGAUGGACCUACUCCAGGACAAGGACUACCUUAACCUCCGAGCCUUCCAGAAACGCGCCUUCUUUUUGGCAUGUAUCGCUGCAGGUCUCAGAAGGACAAAGUUUGCUGAUGAUUUCGACUUCCAAUACAGUAAUCAGCACGGUGUCAAGCUCCUGCCAGUUUUACAACUUACACCCCGUGACAUGUCUCAAUAUAAGGGUGCAAUCUUCCGAGUCGAUGUGUCGCUUCCGUCAGAUUCGUGGCCGUUAAGCAAGACGGCCCCGAGCAUGAACUGUGUCAGAACGAUUGAAGGCGCCACUCCUUUCUACAACAGCUGUUUGCGCUACACAGCUUCAGUGAUGGCUCUGGAUCAGCUGAUCGAUAGUGCCAGCAAGCAAGCCCCUUCCUUCGCCGAUUCUUGUCGCCUGGGACAGUACUGGUUGCAGAAAAGAGGAUUCAGUAGUUCAGUCGCUGAUGGCGGGUUUGGCUGGGAAGAGUGGACAAUCGUUUGUGCUCUGCUGCUUCGAACUGGUGGGCCUCGCGGAUCACCACUCUUUUCCUCUCGAUACAGUGCCCUCCAGCUGUUCAAGGCAAUACUUCAGACGCUCUCGAGUCGGGACAUGCUAGAUCCGUGGAUCCUUCGAGGGACAACCAGCAUUGAGGGCUCCCCUGUACCAGUGCUGUAUGAUGCAGAGAACGGACUCAACCUCCUCUACAAGAUGACUGGAGCGUCAUAUCAGGCUCUGCAGGCCUCUGCCCGGUCUUCUCUGGCUGUUCUCGGCUCAAAGAGUUUGAGCAGCUUCGAUGACAUAUUCAAUGAUGAGUUGGGACAGCAUUUGUUGCAAUACGACGAGAUAUAUUCGAUCAAAGGGUUCACGAUUGCGCUUGAGGAUGCAGCGGCACAAAUGGCUCCGUACCACAGACUCGUCGAGAUCCUGCAACGUGGGCUCGGCGAUCGAGUACGCAGCGUUGAUAUACGUCCCCGAUCAAAUCCACUUUGGCCCAUCAGCGCGCAGCCUCCGAACAAGAAGCGCGCAGUCACUGUGUCUAUAGUGUUGGAUCCCAAGAAUGCUGAUCGUCUAGUCGAUCACGGUCCGGCAGCAGAAGAACAGGAAGCAGCAGAAGCAUUCCGACAGUUUUGGGGCGACAAAGCUGAACUAAGACGUUUUAGAGAUGGCAGCAUCACUGAAAGCCUGGUAUGGGACUCUUCGACACCUGUCACGAAGCAGAUCCUGUGCCAGUUGCUGAAAGUGCAUUUCUCGCUGGAUUCUGAACACGUGCAGCAAGUAACAGUGGACAUCAGUGGAGCGUUACCAACCUCGUCAAGCGAUGCAACAGCUCACUUUACUUUGGUCGACCAGACCUUCCAGAAGCUUUCUGCUACACUGCUUGGUCUGGCUGGUUUGCCGCUACCGAUCCGAUCUGUCUCUCCGGCUUCCGAGCAUUUGCGGUCGAGCUCACUUUCGGUAGCUGUCACUGAGCCAGUACUUGGGCCCGUGGAUGUGCUGAUCGAGUUUGACUCAUCCGGAAGGUGGCCGGACUCGCUACCAGCUAUCCAGCACACGAAGAUCGCGUUUCUCGUCAAGCUUGGGGACGUGCUGACUGCCGCCGAUACUUCUCUGUCGACACGGAUUGGCCUCGAGAACGUUGAGCACGACGUCUCAGGUCACCACAACACCUCUUUCCUGGACGUCACCUGCGGACCGACGCAAAAAGCAUGCCAUCAGUUGCUGUUAGAAUACGUAUCGACCACCCCAGCUCAGACUAGAGAUUCCUUAGCCGUGGCCGUGGCUAAUUACAAGCGUCACUUUGUGGCAGCAUCGAGGCAUUCGACAGCUCUUCGUGUAUUGAUGACACAGCAUCCAGCAUUGUCGGCAACAAUCCGGCUUCUCAAGAGUUGGAUCUCGUCACAUCUCUUGACUCAGCACGUUCCUGGCGAGUGUCUUGAGAUCAUCGCAUGCUCUGUGUUCUUGCAACCUUCGCCUCGGUCUGCGCCGGCCCAAGCGACAACUGCUUUUCUCAGAUGCUUGGCAUUGUUGGCUCAGUGGGAUUGGAGUACAACGCCAAUGAUAAUCGAUCUGAGUCCAGGAGGUGAUAUGACUGACGCCGCAAGGACAGAGCUAUCCACUCGAUUCCAAGCAUGGAGAAAGCUGGAUCCCAUGAUGAAUCAGGUCAGCUGGUUCAUUGGCAGCUCGGUGGAUGAGACAGGCACAGUGUGGACUAGCAAGACUCGGAUGGAGAAAGUGAUCGCUGCACGAGUACAGUCGUUGGCUGCGGCGUGCCUGCAGGUCGUGUACGAAUCGACAGAGCAAUGGACCAUGGACACCGCAACGAGUCUAUUCGUACCUCCUCUCCAGGACUAUGACUUUCUCAUUACACUGCGGAAGCAAAGCCUGCCUAGGAGACAUGAUGUGGCGUCCGACGAGAAAUUUCGAAACUUAUCAGUCGAGAUGGAAUCGUCUUCGGGGGACAGCGGGUCCAAUCCGGUGCAAAGCUUCCUCGACGAGAUCAAUGGCGUUCUUGGAGGCACUGCAUUAUUCUUGUACGGCGACUCCCGUCAAGGUGGGAAAGUGAUCGCAGGUCUCUGGCGUCCAAAUACGCAUGGAACGAAGGAAUGGCGCGUCCGCUUAGGCUGGUCAAGCCGGCCGCAUACUGCAGACGAUGAGAAUGGAAAUGAGACUUGUGCGUUGAACAAGGAGGGAGUGCUCAAAGAGAUCGAGAUCCUAGGUCGGGACUUGGUGAAGGAUGUCAAGUACCUGCGAUAA